AUGUCCGCAUAUGACCAGCUGGAGUCUCUUUUCGAGACGAUUUAUCGUCUUCAACACGCCAUUAAUUUAUGUCGUUGGGAUAUGAACACGUAUAUGCCUCCUAAAGGUCAGGAGUCUCGCGGGGAGGCCAUUGCGAUGUUGGAGAAACUUAAAUUUCAGUACAUUACUUCACCAGAUGUGAAGAAGUGGAUUGAUGAAUCCACCGCGGCACAAGAUGAACUUUCUGCCCUUCAGAAAAGCAAUCUUCGCGAAAUGAUUGUUUUAUGGAAGCGCAUGAGCUCACUAUCGGAAGAUUUCAUAUCUCGUAAGGCGAAACUUAACACUAUGGCCCAUGGGGUAUGGAAAAAAAGCCGGACUGAUAAUAAAUUCUCCGAUUACUUACCCGUAUUGAAGGAACUCGUUUUGGUUGCCCGCGAAGAAGGGGCAUAUUUGGCGGCGAAUUCUUCACAGACCCCAUAUGAAGCCCUUAUGAAUGUUUACGAGCCAGGGGCGACGAUCGCCCGUAUGGACGCGCUUAUUGGGCAAGUUAAAUCCUGGUUACCACAGCUGCUACGGGAUGUUAUAAAGAAACAGGAAUCAGUAAAAGACCCGAUCAUCCCGUUCAAAGGACCUUUUCCCGUGGACAAGCAAAACGCACUCGGCAAGGAUAUGAUGCGUACCUGGAAGUUCGACUUUGAUUCGGGGCGACUGGAUAGUAGUCCACACCCCUUCGCUGGUAUGACUAAGGAGGACUGCCGUAUCACGACAGUUUACUUAGAGCAUGAUCCUUUGAUGUGCCUCUACUCAGUCAUUCACGAGGUGGGGCACGGCAAAUACGAGCAGAACAUGGGGCCGCGUCAACUGAUUACGCAACCCGUGUGCACAGCCCGCUCCUAUGGUGUGCACGAAAGCCAAUCCCUCUUCGCCGAGUUCCAGCUCGCACGCGCAAAGCCCUUUUUUAAGUUUCUUCAGCCCAAAAUGGCGGCCCACCUCGACCCACAGCCGGCCUUUAACCUGGAGAACCUCACCCGUGCCGUUCGUAAGGUGAAGCCUGGCUUUAUCCGUAUUGACGCGGAUGAGGUCUCGUACCCGUUGCACGUCAUCCUGCGCUACGAAAUCGAGCGCGACCUUGUGGAUGGGACACUGCAGCCCGAGGAUGUGCCCACUGUGUGGAAUGCAAAGAUGAAGGAAUAUUUGGGGAUCGAGACGACCGGCCGAGACGACCUGGGCUGCCUCCAGGACCUUCACUGGUCGAAGAGCUCCAUUGGGUACUUCCCGACGUACUUCAUUGGGGCGUUGCUCGCGGCGCAGCUCAUGGCGACAAUCCGUACGGAACUUGGCGAGGAGAAACUGUUUAAAUGCCUCCAAACAGGCGACCUGGAGUGCAUCUUGGCGAAGCAAAAAGAAAAGAUUUGGGACCAUGGCAGCUUCUACACGACCGAUGAACUUGUAGAGAGGGCGACGGGUGAGAAGCUGAACCCAGAAUACCUCCACAAUCAUCUUGUCUAUCGAUAUCUUGAAGAUAUGAACUGA